AUGUCGCACCAACAAGACGUCGAGGCACAGAAUCCACCUGCCACUGCACCAACCGAGACUGCGCAUCAUUCUGCAGCGGUCGAUUCGGGGAUUGACGCUGGCUCGUCGUCUGAAUUCGAUCAAGAGAAUAAUGGGGAGCAUGCACUUGAAGCGCAAGAUGACACGAGUGAAGCAUCGACAGAUGAAGGCUACGCCGACUCCGACACACCCUCCUUCCUCUCCUCCAUCCUCUCCUCCGUGCGCCGCGGCGUAGAAAUAGAAGGCCGCCUGUACCCCACCUACGGCAAACACGACUACGGGAUGCCCAUCGACGAGACAGAACUCGAUCGAAUCGACCUCCAACACCAUAAAUACACCCUCUUACUCCGAGACCGUCUUUACGCAGCACCAAUCCCCGACUCUACUUUCUGCGACGCAAAUUCACGCAUCUUGGAUCUAGGGACGGGAACAGGGAUAUGGGCAAUCGACAUGGCGGACAAAUACCCCAAUGCCGAAGUCCUAGGCGUAGACAUAGCAGCCACACAACCAUCCUUCGUCCCCCCAAACUGCAGUUUUGAAAUCGACGACGUAGAAGAAGAAUGGGCAUACCGACCCUCCCACUUCGAUUUUAUACACGGCCGCGACCUCAUGACCGCUGUACGGGAUUGGCCGCGCCUAAUAUCCCAAGCCUACACACACCUAAAACCAGGCGGCUGGAUCCAACUCGCGAGUACGAUACCCGGCGGGCUGUCGGAUGAUGGUACCAUUCCGCCUAAUUCAGGAUAUCUGGAAUCAGCACGUGUGUAUUUUGAAAUCGCGGAGAGGAUGGGUGCGCCGCUCGACGCACCGCGGUCGUGGUCGAAGCAAAUGAAAGACGCAGGCUUCGUUAACGUGACCGACGAAGUGUACAAGUUACCCAUGGGCCCGUGGCCGCGGAGUAAGAGACUGAGGACGAUAGGGAAGUUGGAGCAGAUUAUGAUCUUAGAAGGAGGGUUUGAGGCGUAUAUGCUAAGGGGGUAUACGCAGGUGUUGGGGGGUCGGGCGGAGGAUUUGCAGAUUAUAUUGGCUUUGGCGAAGAGGGAGGUGAGGGAUCCGAGGGUGCAUACGUACGUUCAGUUUCAUGUUACGUGGGCGCAGAAACCGCCUGUGUAA